GACGGUUUGAGUUUCGCGCGAAAGCACAAAUUUUGUCUGGCUUCUUUGUAUGGACAAAAUUGAUGGCAAUAAAUGAGUUCGUGGUAUAAGUUCACGUAAAUAUAAGAAAUUAGAGGAUGGAGAAUAUUAUUCAAGAAAGGAAAAAGGUCAAGUCAAGCAGAAGAUCAUCUAUUCUGAAGAAAUCUCCUUGUAGACUGCCAUUAGAAGAUCUAAAUGUGAACAAUGAUGCUCUGGAUUCCAGAACCAUGGGAGGUAAGAAGGUCAGACGGUCAGUAGGAAGGAGAGUCAGUUUUGCAGAGAAACCACAAAUCAAGGAGUUUAACAAGCACCAGAACAUUCACGAGCAACUCCAAAAUAUUCCUGAUGGGAGAGAACAUGGAAUGUCCCUUGGGUCUGAAGGCGCUGAGAAUUCCAAAGAUUUUAACAUUUUCAACAUGCUGGCGAAGAAACCAAAUGGUCAAGGCACCAGUCAGCCAAAUGUCCUUAGCGAACUUGGAUUUGGUUCAAUAGCCAGUGACGUACGACGGGCCUCGGAUCAAAAUUCGUUGAACCGAGGUCGCAAACGCAAAUCCUUUGAUAUCAACGACUUUGUUGAGCACGACGACGAUGAUACGGUUGGCGUGAUACUUAGCGACCAAACAGAAGUCUAUCAGGAUUGUGACAUGUCCUUUACUGAAUGCGUUGGUGGUGAUGCCAAUCGUGCAAAUGCAGACGAAGGUCAUCAAAGUUGUAUUAUGAACGAAACAAAGAUCUUUGAUGAUUUAAGCAUGGAUUUGACGUGUCAAACAUUUUUUGAAAGUGGGGAUCGUACUUCUGUUAAAGAGAAUACUGCACACGUGCUGGAAUCGCUUAAAGAUUCUACGUACAGAGCAUCAAUUGGAUUUUCACAGUCUGGUCUUGGUUCUUAUUCCCAGGAACGACUAGAUAGUUUGAAAGCACUUGCAGAAAAGAGCUUUGGCAGGAGCGAAAAAUGGUAUAGGGGGAUGCUUGGUACAGCAGAAAUGAUAAUGAAGGGAGCGAGCAGCCCCGGCCAUUUGGCAGAAUACUCGAAUCCCAAUAGACAGUCUGCAUUUACCCCAGUCAACAAUCAUUCUACAUUAGAUAGGAGGCAGGAUGACGAUGUUGAGAAUGAUUACCAUGAUGACUUUGCAAAGCAGUCAGAGCUAAAACGUGGAGCUGGGCGUAAGCAUUUAUUUGCAGACACGAUUAUUCCUUUUCUCAAAAGUCAAAACAAAACAAACUCUUCGCCAUCUCAUGUGCUUCCUGAAAUAUCGGACAACUCUUUGCCAUCUCAUGUGCUUCCUGGAAUAUCGGACAACUCUUUGCCAUCUCAUGUGCUUCCUGGAAUAUCGGACAAAUCUUUGCCAUCUCAUGUGCUUCCUGGAAUAUCGGACAAAUCUUUGCCAUCUCAUGUCCCUCCUGGACUCUCGGAUGUCUGCAACGACGAUAGACCCGAUUCCCAAGCCACAGGGAGAUUUCGCCAGGCAAGCCGUGAACACCUGUUUGCAAAUUCGAUCAUCUCUUUCCUUAGAGAUCAAGAUAAGUCUAUGACAAGGCCAGACGCUUUCAGCGAUACGGAAACAGAUCUGCCUGUUCUCAACCAAGAGCUUGUCAAUAAAAGCAGUCAAAUACAAGAGUGUGCUGAUCAACUUGCUCAUUCAACGACAAUUGAUGCUUACCAUACUUCUGAUAGACAAGUAACUGAUAGGGCAGCAUCCUAUAAUGAGGACGAACUUGUUGUGGACAAUGAAAAUUCAGGAAAUGAUUUGACUUUGCGAGAAGAAGAUGUCCCUGUUGAAAAUACGCCGACAGAGAUUUCAGUCGAUUACAAGAAAGAGGCAAUUCCUAAUGAAGGUGAGACCGAGGAAUCCUCAGAAAGCUACCAAAAUGAGGCCAACUCGUUUGAAGAUGAGGCGGAGGUAGUUGCAGCUGAUGGUGAGGAAGAUUGGCUAGAAGAAAAUUGGUUGCUGUCAGAAGUAUCAGACAAAAAGCAGGAAGGAGAAACCGAUAAUCUUCCCGAAAAUUUCAACGACGUCACUGGAAAUGAGAAAACUUUGCCGACGUUACUGAGUUUAGAGAACGAUCCUGCCUACAAGGAAAGAAUUGACUCAAUAAAAAGGCAGAAAGUUGAGAUGGAAGUAAAACUGGCAGAGUUAAACAGAGCUUUAGAAAAGAAUCGUGAAGACUUUAUUGUCUCAGAAGAGAUGACAAGAGAUCUUCAAAGUGAAUUCAAGGAAAUAGAAGAGGAAGCUGCUAAGCUUGAUCAAAAUGAAGCUGAAAUCAAACAAAAAGAUACAGAACUUGAAGAACUCAAAUCGAAAAGGAAAAAUUUAAUGAGUGAGCUGGAUCAGUUUGAAAAAAGAAAAGAAGAAUUAAAAUCGUCAAAAAAAAUUCUUGAUGGAAAAGUUGUUGCUAAAAAAGUUGAAGAAGCUGAAAGAGACAAUGAUCUUUCGAAGCUAUAUGAUUACACACAGAGGUUUUUACCUUGGUCUUUAUUAAGCUAUUCUACGGACCAGAUUAUCGUCAAGUUUUUUAAUUUCAAGCUGACAGUAAGCUUUGAAAACACAGGAAAAACUCUAGUGGACUCACUCUCUUCAGAUGCGAAAAUUACAAAAAUCAGUUUUGAGAAAAAUAAAGAAGGUCAUUCCAACGACUGGGGGAACUUUGUUUCAAAGCGACUUCUCCGUCAGAUUAAUACGGAUUUAUUAAAGACAACGUAUCCAACCAUACGACAAAUACCCAAGCUGUUGGACACAGUGACUGAAAUAGUUUUGGCUCACGAAAAGCUAUACAAGGACCUAUUCUCCGUCUGGGCAAAUAACAACUUGUCGAUUGAAGAUGAUGACAGUGUUUUAAUUUCAAAAUUCAUCAGUCCGCCGCAAGCUCUAUCUACAGAAUUUCUGGUGAAGUGCAAUAUAGACGAGAACAGUACAUUUCCCAAGAUGCAACUUGAGGUUGACCAUGUAUUCGGAAAAGACAGAACUGAGAUGUUUCAAGAUGCGGUUAAUGACACAAAGCCCGGUUCAAUGCUAUUUUCAAGAACAAUUAAACAAAUAAAAGGCAUUAUAUUAGAUGCCCACAGACAGUAUAUAAAUGGCCAAAGUUAAGCAGAAAUUUGCAUCAUUGUAAGUUUAGGCCUGUUUUCAAAAUGAAUUCUGCUGCUGAAGAACCCCUACAAAGAAGAACUUGUGGAUUCAAAAAACUACAGGCUGCCUUAUUUAUAAUGCAUUCUUUUGCCUAGGAAGCUACUUUAGACUGACAAAUUACAAAGUUUUUUAAGGGCAUUGAACCUGAGUCAUCUGUUUUCGCGAGGAUAUACCCCCUACUGACAGGCACAACCGACUAAAGUAAUAUUCAAAAUAUACCUUAAUAAGAACCUAAUACAAGAAACCUUUGACUCAGCGAUUCAAGAAUGUCCUUUUGAAGUAAGACUCAAUGACUGGCUGACUAUAUCAAAAACGGAUCGUUCUCUACUGUACUGUCAUCAACGACCAGGGACUUUCAAAAUCAUAGCAUCCUAGUUUCUAAAAAUUUGUAAACUAGGCCGUUUUUAUAAUUUUCAUGAAGAGAACUGACUUAGAAAUGUUAUAUCUUGCAAAUAAUUCCUUUACAGUAGAGCAAAAAGGACCCUGUGAGUUCCCAAAUAAGAUCGUUAUGCUCGUUGACUCUUAAUCUACUAUAAAAGUAUAUUUUUCUUGUAAACAGGUUACCAUAACUGAAUUAGAAUAUUCUGGUCGCUCUUCUCUGCUUUUAAUCGAUUUCAUUCAAGGAUUUCGAGAAGCUUACUUUAUAAUAUUGACUGUUUUUACGUGUAAUUUCUCAAGACAAGGUUGAUAAUAUUACUUGUACAUAAAAACUUAUUGACUCAUCUUUCUACAAUAAAUCUGUGAUUUGUUCAAUCGAGUUUCCUUUCAUUACCUGUAGCUUCAGAACGUCUCAUUUUCUUCACAAUAUUGCAUUUUCGCUUAUGUAGUAUAUUGUUUUGAACAAUCAAAAUAUCUUGAUGUACAUAAAGUUUUUCUUUCAUAAAGAUCAUUUUGCCACAAGGAUCUUCUCUUUCUUCUUUACUCUCUAAAUGCAUUCGCCAUGGCUUCAAUCAGGGGCGGACACUUGGUCAAAUCUGGGGGGCAAACCAACGCAGGUUGCCGAAAAUCGCGAUUUUUUCUGAUAGUAAAUUCAGAUGAAAUCGAAGUACUGUUACUUUUGCAAAUUUUUUAUAAUGCUUUCAAAAAUGCAGACGAUUUAUUGCCAAUUAAGUUUUGCACAUUUCUCGCUGAGGGAAAACAUCAUGCAAAAAGUGUUUUCUGCUUAUCGGGGGGAAACUGGUGAAGAAUUUUUGUGGGAGGUAUCCUUACGAAGAGAUGA